AAUUUACAUUCGGAGAGAGCAACGCCGACCAAUCGCUCGUUGCGUUCUAAGAAAAAUGCAAUGCAUUCUUGGAUUUGGGUUUUCCAGUUAGCCACAUCUGUCCAUAUCAUUGCAUUUGUGAUCAAUGAUUCAGGUAAUCAUGGGAUCCAGCCAUUGGGCGCUAUUUUACGUACCUCAAGAUCCAAGAAAAUGGAAAUAGUUCAAAGAAUCAACUCACCAUUUCCUAGAAGGAAUUACAAAGGAGAUAGUCCAUGUGAUCGUAUGGUGGCUAAUUCGUUAAAGCAGUGGAAAAAGAUCAUGCUUGAUGAAGCAUAUCGACGUGAGUAUAAUUGGCCUUAUCGUAAGCGACAUAAGGGCGGCAGAUUAGACAAGAUUCAGCUUGAAAGAAGAGUCCAAGCAGUUGCACGUUGGCAGCUAUUAUCGCCCAUUAAAGUUAACAAAAUAUUCAGACAAAUAAAAAAACUGCCUGUAAUGGUUGCCAUGGGCGAUUUAGCACAACGGGGAGCUAAUCGUUACGCAGUAGCUAUUUACAAGCUAAUUAAAUCUGCCCUAACCAAUGCUCAACGGAUGUACGGUGAUGAUAAUGUACCUUUGGCCCCCAAAUUUAGAGAAUUAACAGCAACCAACGGAGGGUUCAUUAAAAAGCCACUCUUUCGUGCGAAAGGUAGAUGCGAUAUCAUAAGAAAACCCAAGGCGCAUAUUAAAGUUGUUUUAACCGUUUAAGCCAUUUUUGGACUUAUAGGAUGCUUCUGUAAAAUGAUGGGAUAGUUGUGUUACCAUUUAUAACACAUAAUUCUCCCCCAAGGGGGAAAAUAAACAAUAUGGAUAAAAUCGCACAGACACAAAUAAUUUCCAUAUUAAAACUGCA